CCCCCUCCCAUUUUCCUCACAACAAUCCCCUACUUUUUCUCUCAAAAGGAAACAAAACAAAAAAUGGCCCCUCUUGGAAUUCUCUUGCUGGGAUUUCUCUGUUUGAUGAUGAGCUCGUCUGCUGAUGGUUAUGGUGGGGGUUGGAUUAAUGCGCAUGCCACUUUCUACGGAGGGGGUGAUGCCUCUGGCACAAUGGGGGGGGCUUGUGGGUAUGGAAACCUUUACAGCCAAGGCUAUGGGACGAACACAGCAGCUCUGAGCACAGCUCUGUUCAACAAUGGAUUGAGCUGUGGGGCAUGUUUUGAGAUUAGGUGUGUGAAUGACCCAAGGUGGUGUCUGCCCGCCUCUGUUGUCGUCACUGCCACCAACUUCUGCCCCCCAAACAAUGCUCUCCCCAACAAUGCCGGCGGCUGGUGCAACCCUCCCCAGCACCAUUUUGAUCUCUCUCAGCCUGUCUUCCAACAGAUUGCUCAGUACAGAGCUGGGAUUGUUCCUGUGUCUUACAGACGGGUCCCAUGCCGAAAGAGAGGGGGCAUCAGAUUCACCAUCAACGGCCACUCUUACUUCAACCUAGUACUCAUCACCAACGUUGGUGGUGCUGGUGAUGUCCAUGCUGUUUCCAUCAAAGGGUCCAGAACCGGCUGGCAACCCAUGUCUAGAAACUGGGGACAGAACUGGCAAAGCAACGCUUACCUCAAUGGACAAAGCCUCUCAUUCAAGGUCACCACCGGUGAUGGCCACACUCUCGUUUCUUACAAUGUUGCCCCUGCUGGAUGGUCCUUCGGCCAGACCUUCGGCGGCCGUCAAUUCCCAUGAAACCCCAUUUAUUAUUAAGUCUAGCUACUUAUUAUAACAGAGAUUCUAGCAGAAAAUUGUUGGAGAUCUCGAUCCGUGUGUCGGGUUAGUAUGAAAGAAAAAGGAAAGGUUUAGGGUGGGUGGUGUAUGUUAGUAUUGGAUGUGGGCUCAUUUUAAGAUGGCCCUAAUUACCAUUUUAGAUUGAGCUAUGGAGGGGACUCUGCUUUGCCCUGUUUUGAUAAGGCAAACAGAGGAUUGGCAGUGGUGGGGAUUAAUUACCACCCGUCACUGGUUAGUUUUUUAUGGCUGGUUUUGUUCAUUUGUUAAUUCUUAUGCUUCAUUGAGAAGCAUCUUAUGCAUGAAGCCACUGUAAUCAGCUUGUGUUGAAGGUGUAUUUGUUAUAGUUGAGUGAUUGUGUAAGACUAUAUAUGUUCAAUAAAAUCCGUACAAGUUUUGUUUAA